GGGAGGAGAGUAGAAGGAGGAGUCGAGGAAGCUGUAUGUUGAGUGAGUGACGAGGGAGAUUAAAGCUACUGUGACAGAACACAAGUGUCUCCACAAACUGUAGUGAUCUUGUGUAAUUGGACACUGCAUUCUGUUACGAUGACAUCCCGUGGAGAUUGAUAAAGGACAGAGGACUAUUCCUAUAGACGUUGUGGUUACAUUGAACAGGAUUUCGUCGCGGCGGCGGUAGAAUAUUCCAUAAAUACAGAUCUGCAGAUGGGUCAGGGUUUGUGGAGGGUGGCGAGGAACCACCAGCUGCAGCAGGACUUUGGUGAUCCGUGCUACCUGCCACAGGAGCGUGAGGCACAGAGAAUGGGGCAGACGGCGGGCGAGCACCUCGCCGCUCGCCGCAGUGCACCGCACUGCCAGGUGCCCGGCUCCGACAUCAGCCACCUGCUGCGCGUGCGCAAGGGCAAGGGCGAGCAGGGCUUUAUCGACCUGGAGAUGCUCCCGCCCGAGCUCAGCAUCACCAUCCUGUCCUACCUGAAUGCCACCGACCUGUGCCUGGCCUCCUGCGUGUGGCAAGACCUGGGCAACGAUGAGUACCUGUGGCAAGGGUUGUGCAAGUCCACUUGGGGUCACUGUUCCAUAUACAAUAGAAGGGUGCCCGCAGGCUUCUCCUAUAGGAAGCUCUAUAUGCAGCUAGAUGAAGGAAGUCUGACAUUCAAUGCUAACCCACAGGAGGGUAUCGGUUACUUCAUGUCUAAAGGCAUCCUGGUCGACCACCCGCAGGAAAUAGCCAAGUUCAUAUUUUACACGAGAACGCUGAACUGGAAGAUGCUGCGGAUUUAUCUCGAUGAACGGAGAGACGUCCUAGAUGAGUUGGUUACACUGCACAACUUCAGCAACCAGUUCUUGCCCAAUGCGCUGCGGGACUUCUUCAGGCACAUCCACGCCCCAGAGGAGCGGGGCGAGUACCUGGAGACGCUCAUCACCAAGUUCUCUCACCGCUUCUGUGCCUGUAACCCCACACUGGUGCGCGAUGUUGGCCUCAGCCCAGAUGCAGUGUACGUGCUCUGCUACUCGCUCAUCCUGCUGUCCAUCGACCUGACCAGCCCGCACGUCAAGAACAAAAUGUCCAAGCGGGAGUUCAUCCGGAACACACGCCGCGCCGCCCAGAACAUCAGCGAGGACUUUGUGGGUCAUCUCUACGACAACAUCUACCUGAUCGGUCAUGUAGCCGCUUAAAAAACAACCCAGCUGGUAGAAGCAAGAGAGUGAGCAGUUGGCAAAUGUAGUAUGUAUAUAUAUAUUUAUAUAUAU